AUGCCGGUGGCGAGAGACGCAUCCCGGACGCUCGGAGAGCUUGCGAAACGUAUAUUCAUACCACUCACAGCAACGAGUCCUCCUGGCCUGGUGCAGGCAGAUACGGUGGAUCCUUGGACUUCAGCGGGAAAAUAUGCGCUGGGAUGGACCUACUUCUGUAUUGUACUUCUUGUACUCGUAGGUAUGACAAGACUCUACCAUCUCUGGACGGACAAGCUUCGACAAGCAAUGCAUAAGCAGGAAGUAGAGAAGUUCAGGGCAGAGAUGUACGCGCAUGAUACCGAAUACGCACUGGGCAAUCUGCCCACAGGACGAACAGUGAACCAGAUGUUCCCUCGACAAGGCGAAAAGGGGUUUGAGCUUACCAGGGGACAAUCACCUUGGUCGUCAAUUGAAGUUAUCAACGACACGCUGGCGCUGUUCAGAUGGGUCUUCUACCGGCCUGUUCCUGAGCUGAAAUGGAAGAAAAGGACCAUUCUCAGCUUCCCCUCUUUGGCAGUUAUUGCCAUCCUCAUCAUCGCGUUGGCUUUUGUUACCCUUUACUGCUUCUUGCCACAACCGCUCUACUGGCAAAGCAUUGCAUUUGGGUCUCCACCAGUUGCCAUCAGAGCCGGCAUGCUUGCUGUCGCGAUGACCCCUUGGAUCAUUGCUACCAGCAUGAAAGCCAACCUCGUUUCAAUGAUAACGGGGAUUGGUCACGACCGUCUUGGUGUCUUCCACAGAUGGGGCGGAUAUCUGUGUUUGUUUCUAACAUUGGUACAUACUAUACCAUUCUACAUCCAGCCAGUCUGGGGUCAGGGUGGGCCAGCAGUAUUUGCGUCCCUCUUUCAGAAUGGCACUGGCUAUGUCUAUGGAACUGGAAUUGCUUGUCUUGUUCCUCUAUGCUGGCUUUGCGUAGCUUCCUUGCCAUUUUUGCGAACCCUCGCCUACGAACUCUUCACUAUUUUGCAUAUUCCAGUCGGAAUCCUCUAUGUUGGACUCUUGUUUUGGCACUGCAACAACUACCUCACGUCAUGGAGCUACUUGUACGCGACAGUAGCUAUCUGGGGUCUCUCAUACUUCUUGAGAUUGUUCAACUUGAACUGGUUGAAGCCCUGGAGGGCUGCAUGGCUAGUUGGAGACGAGGCGGCUAUUGCGUUGAUGUCUGAGAAUGCCAUCAAAAUUACAAUACCCACACAAAUGACUUGGAGACCCGGCCAGUACGUUUAUCUAAGGAUGCCCGGAAUAUCUAUCCUUGAGAACCACCCUUUCACAAUUUCGUCACUCUGCAGCCAAGAUUUCCCGUCUGAAUAUGGCGACGAGUAUAGAGAUUGUACGUUGGUGUUCCGACCAUUUGGAGGCUUCACCCGCAAGGUUCUCAACACGGCGAUCGAAAACGGCCCCUUCAAGACUUACCGCGCAUAUUUGGAAGGCCCGUACGGCGGAAUGCAACGAGAAUUAGCUGCUUUCGAGACUGUGAUCCUCUUUGCAGGAGGAAGUGGCAUCACAGCGAUCGUAUCCCAGUUGCUGAACCUCAUCAAACGAAUGAGAGAUGGGAAGGCUGUGACGCAAAAGAUCGAAGUGGUAUGGGCUUUGAAGAGAUUAGAAGCCAUGGAUUGGUUUAGGGAAGAGCUUCGGAUUUGCAGAGAGUCCGCUCCUCCGGAUACGGUUACCUGCCAAUUCUAUGUGACAGGAGCCAAAAUCCAGACAAAUAAGAUGGAAGCGAGUGAGAGAGCACCCAGACCAAUCAGCAUGAUGCUUCAUGAUAAACUCGAUGGUUUCGUUUCUGAGAUAGCAGCGAAGAGAAAUUCAGCAUUGAUCCGAGAUGAGGCACAAGGAGAUCCUGAAAGGGAGAGAGAAUUGAGAGCAGAGGAUGAAGACGCCAUCUCCUCAUUACCACAUCCGAAGCACCUACAACACAAGGUCUUCCCCCCUCCACCCACAAAAGCCCACAGGCUCCAAAGAGACAGUUCCCUGAGAAAGCCGAAUGGAACAGACAUGAAAUCUGAGGUGGACUCGCAUGAAGCAACGCGGAGGUUCCUUUCCCAGCCACCGGACCCCAGCGGCGAGCCCCAUGGUUUCAUAUCGCAAGAACCGCGGGAAGACCACUCCUACCCAGCAUCACCGGAGCCCGCUCACAUGCGGGGCAAAUCCAGCGAGCUGCAAAUUAAGAUCCCCAACCAAGCGGUCGAGCAAUCAAACCACUCACCAUCGUUCAACUUCGGGUUCCCGCAGACGCCCACCGAAUUCCAGAAGAACCUCAUGCGCUUCGCCUUCGUGGCCCCCAAGAAGAAGGAAGGCUGGUCGACCGAGUAUGGACGACCGCAGCUGGGGCACAUGCUGAAGGAGAUGGCAACGGGAGGGGAGGACGGGAGGGGGAUCUUCGGGCGAAGGACGUGUGUCUUCGUCUGUGGGCCGCCGAGUAUGCGUGUCGAUGUCGCGAAUACGGUUGCGAGGCUGCAGGCGGAUAUCUGGGGGGAUGAUUCGAAGGAUGAGAUUUUCCUACAUACUGAGAACUAUGCAAUUUGA